AUGUCUCUUCCGCUUCCCCCAGAACUUGUCGACAAAAUCGCCUCCCUUGUUCCCGACAAGGAGACCUUACGCUCUCUUUCACUCGUUUGUACCGGCUGCAUCUACGCUAGCCAACGCGCUCUAUUUAAAACCCUUGUUGUUGUCUAUGCAGGAGUCGGAGCAGACGGGGUUUCGAUUUCUUGCGUGGAAAAUAUAUUCUCGCAGUCUCCGCGACUAGCCUCAUAUGUCCAGGACCUAACGAUGGUGCUUUCGGGAAACAAAGAGCACGUGGACCACCAGGCAUCAAUUUCUUUGCUCGGUCGUGUGCAUCGUCUGCAGCAUCUGGUUGUCAGCGGAAGCAGCUCCAUACCCUCAAGGGAGAACAUGCAGAAUCUACCGGACCACGUGGUUUCUGCCCUCAUCGCUGCCUUUGCUCGCCCUUCGCUUCAACGACUUGCACUUCGAUAUCUCUGCGAACCGCCACCCGCCCUCCUUCUCGCGGCGAUGGGCGUUCCCGUUGUCUCAUUCGAGCUCAUCUGGCUUUUAUCCGGCCUUCCACUCCCUCAAAGCGACCAACCAUCACCAAAACCCCGUCUGCGCGAACUGGCGACAAUGCAGUCUACCCUGUUGGACUCCAUUUUCGAGUUUCUUGUCUCUCCGCAAGGCCUGGUCUAUGCCACCGAGAUUAAAACGCUCGAAUUCCAGGUUAGCACCGAGCGACCGCGGUACAUCGAUCAGCUCAUGCUUGUCUGUGGUUCCAACCUCGAGCGGUUUUCCAUCACGUUUAGCGUGGGAACUGUCCCCAUUCUCCUUCCGAAGGCAACGUCAACUACCCUUCCCCUUCUCCGCGCGCUUGAGCUCCGGGUCUACCUCGAUGAGAACGGCUCGUUCCCUGAGAACUUCAACUCCAACCUCGCCAACUUGGCAUGCGCUUCACUCGCACUGGAGACCAUCACCAUCAAAUGCAACGUCUGUGCACCGCAGACGAUGUGGAUGGAUCCCUACUCAAGCGCGGUAGAAGAGUCAUUUCCCCGUCACUCGGCGGCCAUCCUCCCGAAACUGCGGCGUCUCGACUGCAUGCUUGUAGUGAACCGUAGUGCCUUCAACGAGUGGGACGCCGAAGACGUUUACGCCCGCUUCACCAAGUUCAUGGGCCUCCGCAUGUCCGGCUUCUCCACUGAAGCCAAAGCCGGUACCCCUUUGUUGGCUUUCGACCUCAUCGAAGUAUGGUAG